AUGACAGGGCUGCUCACACCCUCCUAUCCACCAGUUCACAAUCCAGACCUGGAUUUUUUCAGUGGCCUCUUACUGCCCCCCUUCCUGGUGCACCCAUCAGCAGUUCUGGUAGAGAAGAAGGGGGCAGACUCCUCAUCAGGGUGCACCAGAGAAGUGGAACACAAUGCAAAAUCUAACCUGACCUAUGUGACUGAAUUUAUCCUUCUGGGCUUCUCCUUCAACCCCAGGCUCAUGCCUCUGCUCUUCUCAGCCUUCCUGAUGACCUAUCUGCUGAUUAUUCUGGGCAACAGCUUAAUCACCAUCCUCAUCUGCCUGGACUCGCACCUCCACACGCCCAUGUACUUCUUUAUUGGCGUCCUUUCUAUGUUGGAUCUUAGCUACACCACUACAACUGUGCCCCAGAUGUUGGCACAUAUGGCCAGCCAGAAGAAGGCCAUCUCCUUUGCCAGCUGUGUAGCCCAAAUGUACAUUUUCUUGGUUCUAGGUGUCACCGAGUCCUGGCUUUUUGCCAUCAUGUCUAUAGACAGGUAUGUGGCCAUCUGCCACCCACUUAGGUACAAAGUCAUCAUGAGCCCAUGGCUGUGUGGGGUCAUGGUCAUUUUCUGUGGACUCUGGGGUGUCAUCUCUGCUCUUGUCUACACUGUGUUUGCCAUGCGUCUUCCCUACUGUGGCCCCAAUAAGAUCAACCAUUUCUUCUGUGAAGUCCCAGCCGUCUUAAAGCUGGCUUGUGCAGACACCUCAGUCAAUGAUCGGAUAGACUUCAUUCUUGGCUUCAGUGUCAUCCUGAUUCCACUUUCCCUUAUCCUUGUCAUUUACGCCAAUAUCUUCAUUGCCAUCUUGAGGAUCCGUUCAGGCCAAGGGCGGCUGAAGGCCUUCUCCACCUGUGCCUCCCACAUCACUGUGGUCACCAUGUUCUGUGUGCCGGCCAUGGUCAUGUACAUGAAGCCUGGCUCUGAGGCCUCCCCAGAAGAGGACAAAAAGUUGGCCCUGUUCUACAAUGUCAUCUCUGCUUUCUUCAACCCCAUCAUCUACAGCCUCCGAAACAAGGAUGUGAAGAGGGCUUUCCUCAAGGUGACAGGCUGGGGUAGGGACCCAGAAUGA